GCACAGGAGGGACUAUUGACAGACACGCACACCCACCUUCAGUGACGUCACUGAGAAGCCACCCAAGGACCCACGCGACUCACAGCAGCAGUCAGUCAGAUCGCACGCGCGAAACCCCCCCACGUUAGUGACAUAAGAACGGGAUUCAGAAGGAAGCCAACUCACUGCGGAAAGCCUUCAUGUAUCAAGAGUGGACUUUAACCCACUAUCCACUGCAAUGGCUGAGGAAAACAGCGCACGCUUGGGAGCCUUCGUCGAUUCCGCCAUCCACGUGGACGUCAAGGAUUACUAUGGCAAGGUGCUGAAGAAUACCUCAGACCUAAAGAGCAAUGCUUGCAUUGCUCCUGCCAAAGCCGUGCCUGCCUUCAUCCGCCGGGCUUUGGAGAAAGUGCACCCCGACGUGACCGACAGGUACUAUGGCUGCGGUCUGGUGGUGCCAGAGUGUCUGGAGGGCUGCAGGGUUCUGGACCUGGGCAGUGGAAGUGGAAGGGACUGCUACAUGCUGAGCCAGCUGGUGGGCGAGACCGGCCACGUCACUGGCAUUGACAUGACCGAGGACCAGCUUGAUGUGGCCAGGGCAUAUGUGGACCAUCACAUCAAAGCGUUUGGCUACAAGAAGCCCAAUGUUAGUUUCGUCCAGGGCUACAUUGAGGCCCUGACAGAAGCGGGUUUGGAAAAGAACUCUUUUGACAUCAUUAUUUCCAACUGCGUGGUGAAUCUAUCACCAGACAAGAAGAGAGUUCUGGCUGAAGCCUACAGCGUACUCAAGGAUGGAGGUGAGCUGUACUUCAGUGAUGUUUACAGCAGUGGAAGACUAACAGAGGAAAUUAAAAAUCACAAAGUUCUGUGGGGCGAAUGUCUUGGUGGAGCACUCUGGUGGAAAGAUCUGCUGCAAUUGGCUGAAGAAGUGGGCUUCAGCCCACCCCGGCUGGUGACAGCCAGCGUCAUCACUGUAGACAACGAAAAGCUGCAGGACGUUUUAGGGGAUUUCAAGUUUGUCUCUGCCACAUACCGCCUGUUCAAGGUCCCCAAAGGCAACACCAAACCAAGUCAUGUCAUAUAUAACGGGAGCAUUACAGGUGUAGAAGACAGCUUCCAGUUUGACUGUCAAUACACAUUCAAGGUUGAUAAUGUGGUGGAGGUGGAUGGAGAGGUGGCCACCAUCCUGACCCAGUCCAGAUUUAUGGACGACUUCACGUUUAAGCCAGCGGGAGGCCGCAGUGGGCCCUGUGGAGCCGUAACUAAGGCAGGCAUUGUGGAUCCUUUUGAGCUCGUCCUUCAGCUGGAGACACAAAGUCCAGGUUCAGCCACAGGGGGAUGCUGCAGCACACAGUCUGCUGCCUGCUGCAAAUGAUGGUGGGAUGAGCGCUGAGAUAUAUGGGCCCAGCAUCACUUUCUAUAAAUACCGGAACCAGUUCAAAUGCACUGACUUAUAUUAUGCAAUGUCAGUAUUUUGUAUCUUGUUAACUAAUUCAUCUAAGACCAGUUUUCAGCAAUUUAAAUGAAUCACUUAAAGAUAUACAUGUGUCUUAUCAAUGCUCCGUGGAUACUUAAAAGACUGAAAUGGUUCUUUUUAAUAAGAAGUAACAACAUUUUGUCUUUAUCUCAAGACAGCAUCCAAAAACCCAUUUUCAAAACCUGUAUAUAAACAUGAACAGCA